UUAACAUACCUCAAAAGAGUCUGCAUGGCUUGGCUGAAUGUCCAGUGUAUAAAGGGAAUGAAAUUACAAACUAACUAAAAUGUCGGUUGGAUUUAUUGGGGCUGGGCGAAUGGCCCAGGCUUUGGGUCGGGGUUUUAUAUCAAAAGGUAUUGUGAAGCCACAGAAGAUGAUAGCCAGUGACAUGUCAGAAUCAGUCCUGCAAGACAUGAAGAAACUGGGUAUAAUUACCACUACCUGUAACAUUGAAGUGGUAGAGAGAAGCGAUCUGGUAGUGCUGGCUGUCAAACCUCAUACAGUAUCCGAUGUACUUCAAGAAAUCUCGGACUUCUUCACAAACGAGAAGAUUUUUGUCUCAAUAGCAGCUGGGGUACCUCUUGAGGUCCUUGAGGCGAAUUUACCGAUGGACACACGUGUACUGCGUGCCAUGCCGAACACUGCUAGUUUGGUGCAUGCGGGAGCUACAGUUAUUGCCCCAGGAAAGUCAGUACGCAAUGGUGACGCCCCACUAGUACAAAAACUGUUUCAAACAGUGGGGGUGUGUUAUGUAGGGACAGAGGACAAACUGGACGCAGUUACUGGGCUCAGCGGAAGUGGACCAGCUUAUGCCUUUGCGACCAUCGAGUCUCUGGCAGAUGGAGGAGUUAAAAUGGGACUUCCCCGUGACAUGUCUACAAAACUUGCAGCACAGACCUUAUUUGGUGCUGCAAAGAUGGUUCUUGAAUCUGAAAAACACCCCGGUCAGCUGAAAGACGAAGUUUGCUCACCAGGGGGCACCACAAUUGCAGCCAUGCAUGAGUUGGAGCGCAGGGGGUUCCGAGGGACCAUCAUGAACGCUGUCGAAGCAUCGGCUCUUAAGGCUAAAGAAAUGGGCGAACUCGAACUCCAAAAACAUGAGGAAUCUCUCGAAACAGAAGAAGAGUUGGAGGAAAGAGAGGUGGAGAAAAUCAAAAAGCAAGCCUCCCCCCAAUAAGAUUGGAACUCAUCAUCUACCAGGCUAUGUUAUAGGAGAGAUGGCGCCAUAGUUACUGAAAAUUUCAGCAUUCCAAGCCAUCAAAAACGGUCUUAGCCCCUGUGAUUGUACAUACAUGACACAGACACAUUAACAUGCGUUAUUGAUGUUAGGUUUCGUUGUGCAAAGUACCAACUUAAUGCUCUGCAAAAGAAAUAAAAUUCAUUUACUAUGUAUUGAGACAGAGCAUGACCAGUAUUUGACUAUAUACAGAUAGUGUAUAGAUACAUGUACAAUUUACGUUCUUUUGUACAUGUAUGUAUGUUACCGGUGGUUUUUACUCUUCAGUCGAGUAGCAUUGCUAAACUACACGUUCUCAUAAUAUCUUCAAGCAGCGUUAUUUAGAAUUAAUUUAGAAUCAUCCUAAUAGCACUUCUAAGCAGGUUAAACGCUUUUAUUUCUUAUAAAAUUAUACCAAUGCAAUAGAAAUAAUCUGGUCAAAUACUUUUUUGUCUCUAAACUUACACAUUUUUACUGUUAUUACAAUAUUUACAUUUUAUGUUGUGUUAGUGUUCUACUAUUGAAUUAUUUUUAUGUUUAUUCUGUGUAAUAUUUAUGAAUUAAAAGUUUAUUUUUAAACUUCA